CGCUUCACGCUGAUGACGUCACCGCUAGCGCACUCACACAGCGUUGAGUCUUUCUGAGGAGUUUUGCACCUCCUACCACACAGUGAAGCUCCUCCCACAGCAAUUCACCAGUUAAUGCUGAAUAUUUCCACAAGUGAAGAUGACAGAGUUGGCGAAAGAACAUUGAAGAACAUGAGUGAUCCAGAACCCUGCAGAAUUAAACAGGAAGAUACUGAAGAACCAAUAGGCCUGUUAGAAGUGAAAAAGGAGAUUGAAGAACUGACUGAAGUGGAAGAGAAACAUCAUGUCAAAACUGAAGAAAAAUCCUUGAGUCCCUCAUUGAAAACAAGUGACAAAAUAUGUUUCACUUGCCCUCAGUGUGGAAAGAGUUUCUCAUGUAAGCAAAAUCUUGAUCUUCACAUUAAAUUUCAUCGUGGAGGGAAGCCGUAUGAAUGUGAGCAGUGCGAUAAGAUUUUCACAAUAAUAGGGAACCUUAAUGAACACAUGAAAAUUCACACUGCAGAGAAGCCACACAUCUGUGAUCAGUGUGGGAAGAGUUUCCCACAAAAACGAAACCUUGAUGAACAUAAGAAAAUCCACACUCUGGAGAAGCCAUACACAUGUGAUCAAUGUGGGAAGAGUUUCCCAUUUAAAGGAAACCUUGACGAACAUACGAGGAUCCACACUGGAGAGAAGCCGCACAAAUGUGAUCAGUGUGGGAAGAGCUUUGCACAAAAAGGAAACCUUAACGUACACAUGAAAAUCCACACUAGAGAGAAACUUCACACAUGUGAUCAAAGUGGGAAGAGUUUCACACAAAAACCACCCUUUAAUGAUCACAUGAAAAUCCACACUGCAGCGAAGCCAUACACAUGUGAUCAGUGCGGGAAGAGUUUCACUCAAAAAGGAGCCCUUAAUGAACACAUGAGAAUCCACAAUGGAGAAAAACCGCACACCUGUGAUCACUGUGGGAAGAGUUAUGCACGAAAAGGAGCGCUUAAUGAUCACAUGAAAAUCCACACUGGAGAGAAGCCAUACACAUGUGAUCAAUGUGGGAAGAGUUUCAGAAAAUCAAGUGUUUUUAAAGUACAUCUGCUUACUCAUUCUAGAGAAAGACUGUAUAACUGUGACCAGUGCAAUAAAACAUUUUUUUAGGCCAGAUUUCCUGAAGGACCA